GCCCAGGCUUGGGCAGGUGCCGAAGAGAUGAAGGAAAGGGCUGAACACCAAGGGCUCUUUCAGACCAAGGAUAACAGGCCUGGUGACACUGGAUAAGGAGUUAGGUGAGAGAGAGCCCCAGAGUUUCUGCCUUUUGCCAGUUGGAUGAAAGGCGAGACUUCCUGCUGAGAUGCUGGCCUGGAGGAGGUCAAGCGCUCCCUCUGUCCGGAACGAGUUGGGCAUGAUGUUCCCGUAGAGCAUCCAGGGAGAGUCUGAAGACAGCUGGGUCUAUAGUUUUGAGUUCAGCAGAGGGUCAAAGCUAAAGAUUCACAAGUGGGCAGGUGGAGUGGGUCGGGUGGCCCAGGGUGAAGUCCUGAAGGACACUAAUUGGAAAAGGAGCAGACCAAAGAGGAAGGAGGACCACCAGAUUUGGAAGCCCGGGGAAUGCCCACCUGCAGUGACAGAGACUGCAGAUUGGUCAAGGCCGAGGAGUAUUUGCUGGACUCAGGUAGAAGGCUACUAGGUGGAGGGUAUUUCUGGGACAUAGCGGGUACAGCCGGAAGCCAGACCAAAGGAGGAGUGGGAGGUAAGGCAGUACAGAAAACCAGAAUAGCAGACUCCGGAGGGGUCUGUGAACAGGAGAGUGAGGCUCAGGAGGCAGGAGGGCUAACAUUGGUGGGAAGUUGUCAGGAGGCGCAGGCAUAGCCAUUGGAAAGAAGAUGGCAUUGGGUAGCAGUGCCAGUUCCCACAGCCUGUCCUCAAACUCUGGGGCAGGAUGGGUGGGGGUGGUGUCUACUCCAGGCUCCACCGCAUGGGCUGAAACCAGGAGGCUCUGGGUUCCAGGAAGAGGGAGUUGGCAGCAGAGCGAGGCAAAGACUGGCCCUCGGUCUCCACAGUUCCUCUCUGCCCACCUGGGUCCCGGAACAAACCCUUUGCUCACUGGUCUACUUCAGGAGUUCCCCAGUCUGGCCCGUAGUCACCCAGGCUUGGUUAUUUCUACCUGCAGGAGGCUAUGCUGGCCUGGGGCGCUGGGGACCAGGGGACUCAGAACUGCCUCUGGAGAGACAGACUGAAGUGCUCACCUAUGAAAUUAGCAGGUGAGAAAACACAGGGCUGGCCCCAUCCUGUGUUCCAGUGGAUGGAUGGGGAGAGCAGCAAGAGACAACAGAGGAAAGAAUCCCGGAUUGAAUUCCAAAAGAUCUGGGGCAGUGCUCUCAGCUUGUGCUUGUAUGAUCCUGGGCAAGUCACUUAGCUCCCUGAGGGGCAGUGGCCCCAUCUGGGCAUGAACAAUAAGAACUGCUGUUAGGGUUGUCACGGGAAUAAAAUGAGCUGCUUGUUGGCACGUGUGUGUCUGCUAGGGGUCGUGGCAGAACUAGGAGUACGGAUGCUGCCAUGUGUCCCAGGGGCAGUACAUGGGCCCUGACUAGUGGACCCAGGGUUCCUCCUGAGCUAAUGAAAGACACUUCCAAAAAUGCACUAGGAUAAUGGCCAGGUUGAUGACUAGGAACUGGGCCCAGUGAUUUGGGACCAGACUGCCCUCCGCCCCCAUCCAUCUCCUGCCAGCUCAGGCCCUGCCCCAUUCCAGAGAAUGCGGUAGGAGUUGGGGUGGGAGGAGGGGGUGUUGGUGCAAUUAACAGAGGCUACUUUUUCCGGCUCCUAGAAAAGGGGAUUUGGAGAGUUUGAGACCAGAACCCACCUCUCCAGGUAUUCCUAGAAAGAGUUGCCCGUUAGGAUCCCUCUCAGAGAUUAGUUCCCAUUCGGAGACAGCACACGGCGCAGGGGUGGAGCUGAGCUCCAGCUGUCCGGGCGCGCACAGCUGGAGGGUCACGUGGCAGCGGCCCCAGUCCCCCUUCCUGCCAACGCUGCAUUUGGCCCAGGCCGGUCCAUGGCCGCCCUUGGGACCCUGCGCUAAGCCCCGGAGGUCCUGGCGUCCGGGGCCGCGCCGCUCCCAAGGGCUAAUCGUGUGAGUGUUGGGAACCCUAGGAUCGAGGUGGGGGCGCAGGCGCCGGACACGCAAACAUGAGGCGGAGAUUGCGCCUACGAGGGGACGCGUGGAUCACGCUGCUCCUGGGCGCCGCCCUCGGCCUCUUGCUCUAUGCACAGCGUGAUAGCACAGCCCCUACAACUAGUGCACCACGAGCUCAAGGCCGGGCAGCGCCGGGGCCCAGCCCCCGGCUCCGUGUAUUCCAGGGACCUGAUGCGGGCCCAGCCCUGCAGGCCUAUGAAGAGGAUACACCGGAGCCGCCCAAGCCCACGCCCCCGGGACCCUUUGACUUUGGUCGAUACCUACGUGCUAAGGAUCAGCGACACUUCCCCCUGCUCAUUAACCAGCCACACAAGUGCCGACGCGAUGGCGUAUUUGGCUCGGGACCCGACCUGCUCAUUGCAGUCAAAUCAGUGGCGGCGGACUUUGAGCGACGCCAAGCUGUGCGCCAGACAUGGGGAGCUGAAGGGCGCGUGCAGGGGGCGCUCGUACGCCGUGUGUUCUUGCUGGGCUUGCCCAGGGGCACAGGCUCAGACCAAGCAGAAGCGGAGGGGGCAGGCACGCAAACUCACUGGCACACUCUACUGCGUGCUGAGAGUCGCGCCUACGCGGACAUUCUGCUCUGGGCCUUCGAAGACACUUUCUUCAACCUAACGCUCAAGGAGAUCCACUUUCUGGCCUGGGCCUCAGCCUACUGCCCAGACGCGCGCUUCGUUUUUAAGGGUGACGCCGAUGUGUUCGUGCACGUGGAAAACCUGCUGGACUUUUUGGCAGCGCGAGAUCCGGCACAGGACCUGCUUGCGGGUGACGUGAUUGUACAGGCUCGGCCCAUCCGGUUACGAGCCAGCAAGUACUACAUUCCUGAAGCUGUGUAUGGCCUGCCCGCCUACCCAGCCUACGCCGGUGGCGGCGGCUUCGUGUUUUCUGGGGCCACACUGCGCCGCUUGGCUGGCGCCUGCGCACAGGUUGAGCUCUUCCCCAUAGACGACGUCUUUCUGGGCAUGUGUCUGCAGCGCCUGCGGCUCACGCCUGAGCCUCACCCUGCUUUCCGCACCUUUGGCAUACCCCAGCCUUCCGCAGCGCCACACCUGCGCACCUUCGAUCCCUGCUUUUACCGUGAGCUGGUUGUAGUGCACGGACUAUCGGCCACUGACAUCUGGUUAAUGUGGCACUUGUUGCACAGCCCACGUGGGCCAGCCUGUGCGCAUCCAUGGCCUGCUGCCGCUAGCUCCUUCCAGUGGAGUCGCUAGUAACCUGUCAAUGCCCCAAGCUCCCUUCAUUCAGUUCCAAGGUGUAGUGUGAGUUUGAGAGGGUUCCCCAGGUGGAUUAUUGCGUUGUUUGUGGCUCUUCCCCCAAAAGGGGCAGAAGAAUUCAGGAACCAGCCUUGAGUGUCAGGUAUGUGCUUCCUCAGGGUCCCAGGGAAUGAAGAAUGAGCUUGGCUACUGUCUCCCUACUGGGAGCUGAUCUAAUGAUAACCCUCUGAAAUAGCCAGGGCUGAGGUGAACACCCAGCUCUUUGUCACACAGGGGGACAAGUCCAGUCCUCUUAGUACCAAGUAGAUGGGGGGAAGGAUUGGCAGGGGCUCAUGGAAUCUGACUGCAUUCCUAGGUUUGCUGUCCCAUGGUUGAUGCAGGCAUGGAGGUCUUUCUCAUGGCUAGACCCCACGGGGAGAGACCUUCAGUGUUCAUGGGACUAGCAGACAUGCUGUUAAAACUCAGUCUGAAAGUAGGCAUUUUGCUUCCCACCUAUCCCUCCAAAUUGGAUUUUCAGCCUUGUCAAGAUCUUCAGAUCUCCUUUUGAGGGGCCACCCCUUCUUGGGCCCUGGUUUGGCUGCAACACCAGGGACCCAGGCAUACAGGGAUGACCAAGUGCAUGGUCCUACCUAACGUCUUUCUCCACUUCCAGCUACCCUGGGCACAAGGAUGUAUGCCCACACAACUAUGACAAUCUCCUACUGGAGGCUCUAUUGCCCCUUCAGAGGAGCCAAGGAACCUCUUCUCCUGAGACGACUCCACUAUACAUUUUCCUGUAUUUUUUAAAACAAUCAAUGUCCAUACGCUUAUUUUAGUACAAACGUCCCAGCAACAGCACAUGGUGAGCUGCUGCUGAGGGCAUAGGUCUUUAUUGGAGGAGAGGUGUGGGCAGGACAUGAGGAAGAUUCCCCCGUUUCAGGAGGAUGAGAUCAGUCCUGGCUGCCCCAAUAGUGGGAUAUGCGGGGGUAGGGUUGGGGGUGUCUCUGGCCAGGCCACAGUCCAAAUGGGAAGACACCAGUCAGUCACAAAUCAAUGAAAGCGCCACACAAGCCUGGCUGUAGGCCCAGGAAUCACAUAGGAGCCUGGGGCAGGUCCCCUGCACAUUCAUCGUUAAACUAUACAGGAUGAGGCUGUACAUGAGUUAAUUACAAAAGAGUCAUAUUUACAAAAGUCUGUACACACAUUUGAAAAACUCACAAAAUUGUCAUCUAUGUAUCACAAGUUGCUAGACCAAAAUAUUAAAAAUGGGAUAAAAUUAUA